AUGGGUAAUCCGGAAGAGGCGGCAGCGGCAGCGGCAGCGCAUCAACCUCAUGAGGACGAUCCCCCGCCGCCGUAUACAGAAGAUGAUGGCAAGGCGCCGCCGCUGCCACCCAGGGACACCAAGAACAACCCGUUCCUCGCAGCCCAGCGGGAGCCCAGAGCGUCCUCUUCCAAGGAACCGCCGCAGCUGGUGAAUCUGCCUCGCAAGUUUCCGCCCGCUUUCGGCAUGUACUACCAGAAAGCCGUGCGGAUCCCCACCUUCAACCUGGGGGCGGAGGAGGACCAGCCCGCGUUCGCAGUGACCUUCCAUACCGUCAGCCACUCGAGCAGUCCUCAGCUGGUGUUGCAUUCCACCGCGGACCCGGGGUCCGCACCACUGGCAAUCGCCGAGCGAACGGGCCGGCUCGGCCACCGCUCCGUGGUGACGCUACCGGCACCGCCGGGGCCCGGGUCCGAGGCCGAGAGCGUCACGGAGGAGGUGCACGCACACGUCAGCAUCACGUCGGUGGCGUACGGCUUCAGCGUCGAGGUGGGCGAGGGCGCGUCGGCGCGGCGCGAGAAGUUCGAGUGGCGGUCGUCCAAGGGCAGCGAGGUCAAGAGCCUGGGCUCGAGCAAGGGGUCGCCGGGCCGCAAGCUGGUGCGGCUGAGCACCGAGGCCGACGGCGUGGGCGGCACGCGCGCGGUGCGCGACCAGGGCUCCUCGAGCGACGGGCGCGAGGUCGUCGCCGCGUGGGCCGACAACCCCAAGUGGAGCGGCAACAAGGCUGGCGGCUUCCAGUUCCUGGGCAGCGGCGCCACGGGCGAGCUCGGCGACCGCUUCAGCGUCAUGGCCGUCGCCACGGCGCUGCGCAUCUGGGAGAUGAUCAACGAGUCGAGCUUGCAGAGCGCGGCGACUGGCGGCUCGGUCGAGCCAGGGGCUGGCUAG